GAGAAGGAAGACGUUAGAAUUUUUCACUUAUUUUUGUAUUUCCCGAGGGUAAAGCUCUAUAAAUAGGGGUGGUGUGCUUACGUUUAUUUCAGUGUAACGACACUCGCACUCUGAUUCAGUUCUUGUUACCUGCUGACAGCCCUACAUAGCGCCAUGGAAGACGACGACCAGAAGAUGGCGAUGCUGCGCAAAGCUUUCCAGAUGUUCGACACCACCAAGUCGGGCUUCAUCGAGGUGCUGAAGAUCUCCACCAUCCUCAACACCAUGGGACAGCUGUUCGAUGACUCUGAGCUGCAUGCGCUGAUUGAGGAAAACGACCCCGAAGGAUCUGGUAAAAUCAACUUCGAUGGAUUCUGCAACAUCGCGUCGCACUUCUUAGAAGAAGAAGACGCUGAAGCCAUGCAACAAGAACUGAAGGAAGCUUUCAGACUGUACGACCGCGAAGGCAACGGCUACAUCACCACGUCCACCCUGAAGGAGAUCCUGGCAGCCCUCGAUGACAAGCUCAGCAGCUCGGACCUGGACGGCAUCAUCGCCGAGAUCGACACCGACGGCUCCGGGACCGUCGACUUCGAUGAAUUCAUGGAAAUGAUGACCGGCGACUAAAUCAUUUAUCAAGUUCUUUAUCAUUGGUUAUUUAUAAUGUGACAGUCUCUGUACGAUGAUAUCUAUGUAUAUUAUUUAUUAAACUUAUAUAUACUUAUGAAUUAAGUUUGAGACUUCGUAAUAAGUACAAAAUGCUAUGCCUAGCAUAAUUGUUAUUGUUAAAUUAAUAUUUUAGACACCAAUAUUGGAAAUACCUCUUCUCUAUCUUAUAGAUAGGCAUCUUCUAUAAACUUCUUUGAGUGAGUGUAAAGUUUUUGUAAACAAGGAUAUUUUAGUGAAGCAUUAUUUCCAAAAUAAUUUGAAAUUAAGUUGUUCCUUUGAAACAUCUGUUGUAAAUUAUUUUUAAUAAAAUGAUACUAAUAUACUGAUAUCUUUAUCAU